UCUGCCUCAGCUGCAGCAGUCUGAGACCACAGAGACAUCAAGGUCCACCAGUGGAAAUAUGCCUCUUAGAUUUGUGGGAUUAUUCUGUGUGAUUUCAGCAGGAUAUCUCUUCCUGCACAGCAGCACAGAGGAGCUGCCAGCUGAUCAACUCCUCCAGCACCUCCAGCAGCAGCCGGAGUCCUCUCUGCUGAAGCCCACAGUCAUGAUCACCAUCCUCGCACGCAAUGCGCAGCACAGCCUCCCGUACUUCUUGGGAUGCAUUGAGAGGCUGGACUAUCCAAAGGAGCGCAUCUCCCUCUGGGCGGCCUCUGACCACAGUGUGGACAACAGCACAGCCCUGCUUCAGGAGUGGCUCAGAGGAGUUCAGCACCUGUACCACUCAGUGGAGUGGAGGCCCGUGGAGCAACCAAGCUUUUAUGCAGACGAGCUGGGGCCCAAACACUGGCCCGUCUCCCGCUUCACCCAGGUGAUGAAGCUGAAGCAGGCAGCACUCACAGCUGCCAGAAGACUGUGGACGGACUACGUAUUGUUUGUGGACAGUGACAACUUGCUGACGAACAGCCAGGUGCUGUCUGAAAUGAUAGCAGAGAAUCUGACAAUUGUAGCACCCAUGUUGGAAUCAAAAAGUCUUUAUUCCAACUUCUGGUGUGGCGUGACUCCACAGGGCUACUACAGACGAACCCCGGAGUAUAUUCCCAUCCGUAAAUGGAAGAGGAAGGGCUGCUUUGCAGUCCCCAUGGUCCACUCCACCUACCUGCUGGACCUGAGGCGCACAGCCAGCCGAUCACUAGCCUUCCACCCUCCUCACCCCGACUACCCCUAUGAUGUGGAUGAUAUCAUGGCCUUUGCGUUCUCUGCACGGCAAGCAGGAGUUCAGAUGUUCGUGUGCAACAAGGACCAUUAUGGAUAUUUACCAGUGCCCCUCAAGCAAGACCAGACUCUGGAGGAAGAAGAGGAGAGUUUUACCCACACACUGACCGAGGCGCUCAUUGCCUUCACCAUGGAGCCCUCACAGUAUGUGCACACUGUGCCUAAAGAACCAGGAAAGAUGGGAUUUGAUGAGAUCUAUCUGAUCAAUCUGAAGCGCCGAUCAGACCGGCGGGACAGGAUGUUGAGUACUUUGGCCGUCCUCGGCAUCAACGCAACACUGACAGAAGCCGUGGAUGGCACAGCCUUGAACUCCUCUCAGCUGCAGGCCAUGGGCGUGGACAUGCUGCCUGGGUACAAAGACCCAUAUUCAGGACGUGUGCUGACUAGAGGGGAGAUUGGCUGCUUCCUCAGCCACUACAACAUCUGGAAACAGGUGGUGCAGCAGGAACUGCAGCAGGUGCUCCUGCUGGAGGAUGAUGUCAGAUUUGAGCCCAGUUUUGGCAGCAGGCUGGUGACUAUCAUGGAAAAUGUAAAGAGAGUGGGACUUGAGUGGGACCUCAUUUAUGUUGGCCGUAAGCGGCUUCAGGUGAAGGAGCCCGAGCUCUGGGUGAAGGCAGUCAGGAACCUCGUUCACCCGCACUACUCCUACUGGACCCUGGGUUACAUCCUGUCACUGAACGGGGCCAAGAAGCUCCUCAAGGCAAAUCCCCUGAACAAAAUGCUGCCUGUUGAUGAGUUCCUGCCUGUCAUGUUCAACAAGCACCCCAAAGAGGAGUACAUGCAGUAUUUUGAGCAGAGGGACCUGGAAGUGUUUUCAGUGGAGCCUCUGCUGCUCUUCCCCACACACUACACCGGAGAGCCGGGCUACAUCAGCGACACGGAGACCUCGACCAUCUGGGACGACGAGACUGUAGACACGGACUGGGACAGAGAGGGAGCUAGGCGGAGGAGCGAGAAGGAAACUGGGGGUGUGGAGUUUCCACCUGUGGCUCCUCGUUCUGCUCACGGUGGGGCUCCCCGCCUCUCAGCCAGUGGCAACAGAGAUGAACUCUGAGGGAGACUAUUGUCAUGUCUUUACGGUGUGCUGAACAUCCUGGAGGGGCACUGAUUAGCUGCUGGGACCUGGCUUAAUUGUAUUUCUCUCCUGCUCUGUGGAGUGAAUAAAAACUGUAUUUGUUUGAUAAAACUCCACAACAUGUGAAAAGGCUGAAAUGAUGAAGGUAUAAAAACUACAUUUUAGGGCAAGGACACUCUUCAGGACCCACCACAGAGUCCCAAUCAUAUCAGUUUACGCUGGGCUUUAGUGGAGCAUAUUUCAAAAGUAAUCUUCAGUUCAAUCAGCACAAGCCAGCUAACACAUUUUGAGCAUUUGCUGGUGAUCCAGCCUUCCGCAUAUCAAGAUCACUUGUCGAGACCAAGACUUCCAAAAGUAGUAUAAAUAAAUACCUCUAAUAAAUUACCUCCAGUGAUGUCACUCAGUGGUUUAGCUGCAUCGUGGUCUAGCAUUGCACACUUACAACCCUGUUGAACUACUUAUGCACAGUUUAAAACAAAUGAGCAAUCAGUGCAGCUGAAUCAGGGAAAUCUUCUUCCUUUUCAAAACAUUACAUUACCCACAAUGCCACUUAAUCAGACUACAUGCAGCCUCUCUCUGUAAAGUUGUACUCCCCAAGAACUGUAAACACUUUAAUGUGUAAAAUUGUUGGAGUUAGCCUUUAAACUGAGUUUAAAUUUCCUCAUU